AACAAUUCUGCCUAGAUGAAAACAUCAAAGUGUUGCUUUGGAAAAUUGCUUAGUUAGAGCUGAAAUUAUCAUUUUUACUUCGUCGUGGCAUAAAAACGCUUUUAUCAAGUUCAGUUAGAAAGCAAUUGCAGCAUCUAAACCGGAAUCCUUGAUGCUCGCAAGUUUUUAGCAUUGGACAGAUUGUUUGCUAUUGCAACGUAAGGUUUCUUGGCUCCAGGGUUAAGCGAGCCGACCAGUAUUGUAUAACUUUGGGUUUGAAUUCGAAUAGACCGAAUGUGGCAGAAGAAAGAUUAGAAUCAUUAAGUGCUGGAAACAGUGCUGAAAAACAGAUCAAAAAGAAACCAUGGUGAAACUAUAUGCAAUGAACAUUUUGUACAAAAACCCGAACAGUGCUCUAUGGUUAAAAGCUGCAUAUGAUUUGCAGACUUUUAGUUUCUUUCAGCGAGGCAGUGUUCAAGAGUUUAUGGCAUUUGUUAGCAAAACAAUUGUUGAACGAACCCAAACUGCUGCAAGGCAAUCUGUAAAAGAAGGAGAAUACAUGUGUCACGUAUAUGUUCGUGGAGAUAAUCUGGCUGGAGUCAUUAUUAGUGAUCAUGAGUAUCCCCAAAGAGUAUCACACACUCUCAUCACUAAGGUUUUGGAUGAAUUUGCCCAAAAGUACCCACCUAGCACAUGGCCUACAGCCACAGAAGCAAGCAUUUCAUUUAACCAGAUCAAUACAUAUUUGGCAAAGUAUCAAAAUCCUCGGGAAGCUGACGCCAUGACCAAAAUCCAGGAAGAAUUGGAUGAAACUAAGAUAAUUUUGCAUAACACCAUUGAAGCAGUUCUUGAGAGAGGAGAAAAAUUAGAUGACCUAGUGGCCAAAUCAGAAGGUUUGAGCAUCCAGUCAAAGGCUUUUUACAAGACUGCAAGGAAGACAAAUUCAUGCUGCAAUUUCGGUUGAUUAAUUUAGUUUCCAAAUCGCAUUCUUUUCAUUUUGAAUCAUGUACAAGCUGUGCAGUUUGGUUAUGUAUGUUCGUGUCCAGUAUUUCUCAAUGUGUUUAGGUCAUCAAAUUACGCAGAGGUAAUAUUUGUUUUCUCUUUUGUUAUUUUG